UUAUUUUUAAAUAAUUGAACAACUAUGAGUGAUUCAGAUGAUGAUAUUUUUAAAAAGAAGAAGCCAAGCAAAAAGAAAAUAGAACAAUAACAAAAGUAACAAUAACAAUAACAAUUACAAUAAUAACAAAAAUAACUUAAACAAGAACUAAACUAACCAGAUUUACAAUAAAACAAUCCAAAACAUCCUAAAUUAGUUAUUUAUUGUGUAAUAUGUACAUUACCUGUUGAAUUCUGUACAUAUUCUAAGGCUCCAUAAGAAUGCAAAGAAUGGUUAAAAACAACAUUUAAAGAUCUUUAUGCACUCUUAUAUCCUGAAGAUCUCAAAUUAGAAUAAGAAAAAUAGGCUGCUCUACUUUUACAAUAAUAAUAAAUAGCUCAAUAAUAAAUAUUAUUAUAACCUCCAGAAAAAAAGAAAAAAAAGAAAGUCAAAGUGACAGAAAGUGAUAUGGUUUAUAUAAAAGUUAAAGAAAGAAAUAGAAAUAAAUUUAUAACAACCUUGUCAGGAUUAGAAAAACACGGUAAAUAAAUUAUUUCAUUUUAUAUCAGGUCUUGACAUCAAGGAAACUUAAAAGAAAAUUAGUAAAAAAUUUGGUUGUGGUUCAUCAAUCAAUGAAAAAGGAGCUAUUGAAUUAUAAGGAGACCUAAGCGCAGAAUUAGAGGAAUGGCUUCCAAAAGAAUAUCCCUCUAUUAAAGAAGACAUGAUUGCAAUUCAAGAAAAAUGAGAUUUAAAUCUGAAAUAUCUAUAUAUUUUAAAUAU